AUGGCUUCAGGCGACGAUCCUCCUCGUAAAUCAUUUGCCUCAAAGUUCCGCCGGAAGAAGAUUACGACUAGCAGAGUACCCACACAGACUGAGGUAGGUGAGGGGCCUUCAGUUGCACCAGAUCUACCUACACCACCACCGCCACCACCUGCCAGGAGCCAGCAGCCUUCACCAGAGCAGGGUCAGGGACAGUUAGAUCCACCUCUUGUUGCACCUCCAUACUUCCCUGGCCACUUCCCUCCCAGCUCGACGAGUCCUCGCUUCCCCUCUCCAGAUCCGACACAUGCUUCUCCAUUCUAUCUAUAUUACCCCCCACCAUCAUCACAGGCUGCUGGUCCAUCCACUGGUCCUCACCCUCCUUACCCUUACCCAUAUUACUACCCCUAUCCGGUGCAGCAUGAACAGGGUGGACCAUCACGACCACCAGAGGUUGGCGCUAGCGAUCCUGCAGCAGCAACAGAUAAGCGUCAAUACAUCGAGCCUGACGGCGAUAAGUAA